GCCCCUGGGGCGCUGAGGCUGGUUCCCCUGUUUGGGGGCGUGCCGAUGCGAGCGGUCAGCUACAACCCGCUGUCGCUGCGCAGGCGCCUCCGAUCGGAGGAGAUCAGCCAGGAGCUCGAGCGCCACGACAUCGCGGCGCUGCAGGGCACGCAGAUGAAGUGGAGCGGCGGCGGGGGCGUCUCGAAGCAGCGUGCGGGGUCUCGAUAUUUCUUCAAGAAGGGCUUCAAGGUGCGGGAGCUACUGUCGCCGCCGCCGGCCUUGCGGGGGCGCGGCGGCGGCGCGCGCCUGCGGCGCGGGGCACUGGGCGCCCCGGUGCUGGCCCUCUACUUCCCUGUGAGGGGCUUGGCGGUCCAGCGGGCGGCGGCGGAGGCUCUCUUCACGCGGGCGCAGAGGUGCCUCAUGGAGACCCCCGCCCGCUGCACGCCGCUGCUCUGCGCCGACCUCAACGACGGGCUUGGCAUGGUCAAGCACGAGGCAGGGGUUUGCGUGCCCUUGUCGGAGGCGAUAGGAGGGGUCGAGCCCGCGCUGGAGCACGAGUCUGGCGCGGCGUGGAGGCGGCUUUGCGAGGGCUGGGGGCUCGCCACUGUCAACGCGCUUUACGAGGGCUACACUUUGUCGGGCACCACGGGGGCCAGGUCCAGGCCGGAUGCGAUCGCGAUCCCGCGCGAGCUCAUGCAGAGUGUGGACCCUGCAAGCCGCUCUACGGCGCAGUGGGACAUGGAUGCGCGCGCGCAGGCCAUGAAGCGCCACCACGGCAAGGCGGAGUUCUUGAGGGAGCUGGAGUACCAGUGCGAGCACCUGGUCCGCCCGCAUCUGGAGGUCGAGAUCGGCCCCGACGAGGCGCGGGACGAGCUGGUGGAGACGGUGCGCGAGGUGGGCCUGGCGCACUUCGGCGUCAAGGCGCGCGACACGAGGGAAAUGGGCGAGGCGGCGGCGCAGCGCAAGAAGUUGUUGCAGGAGCGGGCGGCCAUCCGCCGUCGGCAUGCGAUCGAGGGGGGGGCGGCGACGUCGACGGAGGUCGAGGUGGAGAGGUGCGUGCAGGAGCUCAGGGACGCCACCCGCCGCCUGCGCGCGCUGCAGCGGCAGCAGCGCAGGCGGCUCCGCACGGUGCGCUGCGAGGCGCCGGCGGAGGCGGAGAGGGUGGGCGACGCGGCCGCGGCGUGGAGGCUGGCCCACUUGCUCGGCGAGAGGGGGAAGGGCGCGCGGCGUCGGGUGCACUGCACACCCCGCCUGGAGCACACGGCGGCGGCGCCGCGCCAGCUCUUCAAGGGCCCCGGGCGCCUGGGGGGGUACGCGGCGACGGAGCUGGACUCGAGGCCGCGCCUGGAGCAGCUCAGGCAGCCGCUGGCCAGGCGUUGCUCGGUGCGGGAGGCCGAGGAGGCGGCGGCGCUGGACUUGAAGGAGCUGGAGGAGCGCCUGCGCAGGUCGGAGCACCCGAGCAUGGAGGCGUUCCGGGAGUGGCUGCUGCACUGCCUUGCCCUCGUCCGCGCGUUCCAGGCUGCCCCUCUGGCGUGGUCCAGGUCUAGGGAGGCGGACAUCGGCAGGAUCAUCCACGUGAUGCGCCCCAUCGGCACAUGCUACGCCACGGUGCUGACGACGAGGGCCGAGAAGGAGAAGGCGGCGCCGAAUGACUUCGGCUUUGUCCCGAGAAGGCGGCGCCCGAAUCGCUCUCGGGGCGGGGCGCUGGUGGUCACCGCCGUUGUGGCCGAGCGGGCGGCGCACUUCGGCCUCGCGGCGACCGCGAGCUUCAAGGACUUGAGCAAGGCGUUCCAGUGCCCGUCCGUGGGCGACAUGAUGCGGGGCCUGGAGGGCUUGGUGCGCGUGGAGGACCAUCCCAUCGUGGCGCGCAGGGUCCUCGACUACCACUGCGAGGUCGAGACGGCCGAGGGGGUGCUGCGCAUGCAGACUAACCAGGGCGUGCUCAUCGGCGACUCGAUCGGCCCGCCGCUCUUCCUCGAGGUGUUCACACCGGUUGCGACCGAGUGGGCCAUCGAGGACUCGGGUCGGCCCGACGCGCAGCUACUGGAGGCGAAGUCCGUCGUCGCGGGCGCAGUGCUGGACCUCAGCCUUGCGAUGUUUGCAACUGACCUCUGCAAGCGCUUCGUCUCGUGGUGCCAUGAAACGGCGAUCAAGAAUCACAAGGCCUCGGACGAGCUGCUGGACAGGUUGCUGGAGCCGCGCGGGUUCCAGCAAAACAUCUCCAAGCAGUCCGCGAUGCGUGCCUUCCGCGGGGUUGGGGCCAGGGCCUGGACGAGGGCCGUCUUCGCGGGCAGGCUCGGCGCGAGGGGCAACUGCUCGACGGUCGCCCGCUACCUGGGCCCGAUGCUGCACUACCAGGGCGGCCCUGCGACGGAGAUCAGGGCUCGCGCGGCGGCGGCCACGCGGGGCUUCGCGGACAUGGGGCGCUUCUGGAAGUCUGAGACCUCCGUCGAGGUGGCGCGGCAGGUCUUCCGCUCCAAGGUGCUGGGGGCCCUCCUCUCGGGGACGGCGGCGGUCGUGCCCGCGCAGUCUUUCCUGGCCUCCCUGGGGGGGGGGGCCGCGCUGCGCCUGGGCCGCUCGGCCCUGGGCGCGCGGGUGUUGAAGGGCUUCCUGGAGGAGGAGAGCUACCAGCACAGGGCCAUGCCCUCCCAGGUUGUGCGCCAGCUGCUGCAGAUGGCGGACAUCGAGACCGAGCUGCGCGCGGUCAGGCUCGGGCUCAUGAAGUGCAUGGUGCGACAUCCUGGAGAUCACGAGAUGGAGCUCACGGCGCUGUUCGGCCAGCUGCCCUUCGCGCUGCAGCCCGUGCUGCUGGUGGGCGACUUGAAGCGGCUCUUUCACGCGUCGGAGCGCUUGGACCUGCUGGAGGUGCGGGGCGAGCGCCCCCUCGUGCUGCUGCAGGGUGCGCUGCGUGAGGAGGUCCUUCAGCUCGACCCCCGUGUGCUUCGGGUCCGCGGAUGGGCGGCACAGUGCCCGCCGUCGCGAGAGGUGCCCGCGGCAGUGCGGCAUCGCUGGUGGACACUGCAUGGCGACCCUUUUCGUCCUGCACGUGAGCCGUCUGGCCUCAUCGACAUCGGUGACUUCGAGUUCGCGUGCCAGGAGCCCUGCGCUGAGGGCCUGUGCGGGGCCGCCUUCUGUUCGGAGCGAGCCCUGCUGUGGCGCAAAAUCAGCUCUCGCAAGUAUCGGGCGAUCGAGUCAUCCUUGUGCGCGUCGAAUCAGUGUGGGUUCUGCGGGACGGUGCUGGCGUCUAGGGCUUCGGCUGCGCAGCACGUCAGGUUCGCUCUUGCUCGAGGGUACUGUCGGGGAGGGCUGGCGCGUGCUGCGCCGAAGUUGCUGGUCCCAGACGAUAUUCGAUGUCCUGCGUGCGGCGAGCUGCCCCCGGCGCUGGAGCUCCACUACAGCCAUUUCCUCUCAGUGCAUUUCGCAGGCAGGGCCAAGGCCGCCGCGGAGCCUCGCGCCCGCCGCCAGCAGGACGAGUUCGAGGAGACGAUGGCAUCGAUGGCGCGCCUGGUGCUCUCGCACGACCUCCAGAUCCGCGACCUCGAGUCGGCCUGCUACAUCGCGUUCAAGGUGCCGAUCGACAACGACAUGAUCAAGAAGGAUGCGGGCAAUAACUAUAGCAACAUGUUCCGCGGCAAGAGCCCCACGCAGCACGGCCUGAGACCGCCGCUGCCCUACCUCGUGGAGUCGGCGGCGCGCUCCCUCGCCAGCGCGGCGGAGGUGACGGGUACCGACUUGGAGGGCCCAGUGAAGGCGUUCCACGCUCAGGUCAGCGACAAGGAGUUCACGAUGUCCAGCUUCAAGUACUUCAAGGUCAAGGACAUGUACGACAAGACGCACGCCCGAGUGUGCGUGGCGGUGGGGGUGCCCGAGGUCGCGGCCACGUUCAAGAAGGCCAUGAUCAAGGUCGGCAGCGAGGAGCUGCUGGGCACCGCGCCGCCAGGCGGGCUCCAUCGGAGCCUUCAGGAGUGGUUGGGCCAGCGCUGA